AUGUCGUCAUCAUGGGCCCUGUACCCAUCGUUAUAUGCCCUUCCUGAGCACUGCGAACCUUCGUCACCAUUUUUAGCCGCGAUUUCGUCUCUUUUUCACACAUGCCUACCUACACCUCUUGGACUACUCUCGACAACGCUUGGGACUCUGAGUAUCGUGUCAUGGCUAUUCGCCCAAGUACCCCAGAUAUACAAAAACUAUACAAUUCAGUCGACGGCAGGGUUAUCUGCUUGGUUUCUCGUCGAAUGGUGUUUAGGUGACUCUGGCAACUUGAUAGGGUCAAUAUUAACUCGCCAGGCAGGAUGGCAGAUAACCAUCGCAGCAUACUAUGUGCUGGUGGACGUUGUCCUUGUUUUCCAGUAUUACUGGUAUACCUACUUAAAAGAAUGGCAGUUUCCAAGAUUUGCUCAUGUCCGAUCUCUCGACCUUGAUAGAGAUGAAGCAUCAUGGGAUGCCAUACUGCCUUGCGACGCCGAUGCUUGCGGGCGAAAUGACACUAUUGAUCCUGCUGCACCACUUGAGACAAAAACCUCCCCAGCGCCAACUGGUGAUCACUCAAAUAGAUUUCGGACCAAUUCACUUGCAUCCCCGGAUGAGAAACGCAACCAGCCCUCCCGAACCAUUCAGCGCAGCGUCGCCGGUGCUGCCGGUGCACUACCACUUACAUCUCCCCGCGCUGUCGUUAUGGUUACAUUACUCUGCGCAGUUCUUUCUAACGCAGCCACCCUUCCCGCUACACAACCACCACCAACCAAUCCAUAUCCAUCUCCUCAUGACUCCGAUGCCAGAAUUCUGGCUGGGCGCAUUGCCUCUUGGACUUGUACUGUUAUGUACCUCGCAUCUCGUCUUCCCCAAAUUUUGAAGAACCAUCGCCGAAAAAGUACCGCGGGCCUAUCACCGCUUCUCUUCUUCGCUGCAUUUUGUGGAAACUGUUUCUAUUCUUCGUCCUUGCUGACAAACCCGAACGCCUGGAAUGAUUAUCCCGCCUAUGGUGGUGGUGGAUGGGUCGGCGCCGACGGCAAUGACCGCUGGGAGUGGAUUACACGGGCCGUCCCUUUUUUCCUCGGUGCUGCGGGCGUUUUACUACUUGACGCCACUGUGGGUAUCCAAUUUAUGAUGUAUGCAGAGCAACAUGACGAACUAGUGGUCAAGGUCCGCGAGCAUGGGAAAAAUAAGUGGAGAAAGGUGACAGGCUGGAUGAGGGGCUGGGUUCCUUCGAGUCCGGAAACCGACAACGCAGCUGUCGCAGCUGUGGUAAGAGCAGAGAACCAGGCGUUAUUGGCUGCAUAUCAAAGGGAUAGAUAUGGUGCUGUUUAA